GUGAACUUGAGCUUGGCCGGUGUAGCAGAUGAUCAGAGGAGAGCAAGCAUAAGCUUGGCCAAAGACGUAAACCUGGAGUUUGGAGAUCUUUACAAGGCCAUGCUUGCUCUCUGGUCGGCCGUCAGUGGCGGCAAUGACUGGAUGAUGUACGGCUCCCUUCUGA